AUGAGUCAUACCGAUAUGGUCGUCAUUCCAAAUACUCCAACUCUGGUAGCCGAGGAGAAUGUCGAGAAGAUUCGAGCUGCAGCCGAAUUAGCGGCAAAAGAAGCUGCUCGAAUUCAUCGUGUAUCGUUGAGAGAGAAAAAAGAGGAGAAAAAGGAUCGACUUCCGGUUCAGGGUGAAAUGUUCGAAACCGACAAAGGUGAACAAAUCAUCCUCAAACAGAAGUUGGGAGAUGGUGCGAUGGGCCACGUGUUUUUGAUAUCCAAGGAUGGAAGGUAUGAUAAUCUGGAUUAGAAUUAGAGUUCUAAGCAAUUGAUUUUUAGAGCGAUGGCGGUGAAAACCGAAAAAUUCUCAACUGGAAUGUUGCCGAUGGAAAUCAAGGUGCUUCUUUCGACAAUGCGCGAGAAAUGCAAACAUUUUUGCAGAAUCCACGAUUAUGUUAGUCAAGUUUUACUUCUUUUUCCCAAUCUCUGAUUCAUUUCCAUCUUAUUUCAGGGAACAAUUCGUCGUGAGUAUAACUACAUGAUUAUAAGUUUAUUGGGAAGAGAUCUCUAUCGUCUGCGUUCCGAAAUGCCAACUCGAUCUUUCUCAAUCAGCACAACAACAAAAAUCGCGCUCGAAACCUUGGAAUCGAUUGAAGAACUUCAUAGCGUCGGAUAUCUCAGUCGUGACGUCAAACCAAGCAAUUUCGCGCCAGGAUUGCGCGAUUUCAAAGAACACAAGACGAUUUUCAUGUUUGAUUUUGGGUUAGCCAAAAAAUAUGUUGAUCGAGAACAUCGCAAAUUGAAAUCGCGUGGAGAAGUUGGAUGGAGAGGAACUGUGAGAUAUGGAAGUCUAAACGCGCAUAAAAGAUUGGACCUUGGAAGACGUGAUGACUUGGAAUGCUGGUUUUACAUGCUUGUUGAAAUGCAUGUUGGCGAACUUCCUUGGCGUUUUUUGACGGAUCGGACUGCUGUUGGUAAAGCGAAAAUCCACGCAAGAGAAGAAGGACGUCCAAACUUCUUUUUCAAAUUACCACAACAAUUCGAGACAAUUCUCAAAAUGAUUGACGGUUAUGCUUUCGAAACUCGUCCUGAAUAUCGGCAAAUGAAAAAGUUGAUCAAUGAGAUUCGUGUCGAGAAUCAAUGCUCAGAUCGUAUCAAAUGGGAUUGGCAAACUGACGAAUCGCAAUAUUCAGAACUCACUGAAGCGGUUUCAGUUAUGUCUGAUAUGGCAAUUCUAGCCGAACAAGGCGCAACCAAUGUUACCGAUCGUAAGUUUUCAGCCACCGUUUAACCCUAAAAAAUCCAACCUUUUUUGCAGGUAACCAAGGUUAA